GCCACACUCUCUAAAGAUGAGGAGGAAGCGCAAUUAUUACGAGGUUUACCGUUAGCUCCACCUCCAUCUCUUGUAGAAGGAUCAUCCAGGAACAGCCCGAAGCAUGUGACUAUAUCAGAUCAGUUGAAUAAAAAUCACUCAGAACUUCCGUCUCCUGAUUUUGAGCUAAAACAGGUUUCACCGCGCUCGUCUUUCCAAUCCGGCAUGACCUCCUAUUUCACUGCUCAGGAGAGUCUGUCCGGAAAUGGAAGCGAUCUGGAAGAUGAGGAUCUGGAUGCGACCUUACGCGACAUUGGCGAGGAGAACUACGAAAUGCAAGACGUGGUGCGCCCAACCUCAUUUGACCGCACCUCCCCGCGGAUGUCGUCAUUCAGACAGGGCGAUCCAACUGUCCCGAAAGAGAGUCCGCUCUUUGCGCCCCUAACUUCACCACGUUCCGCACGACCGACUGCGAUUCCUGUCCCUCCUCCACGGAUCUCAUCAUAA